AUGAAAUUCAAUUGCAAAGUCAGUUCAAAUCCAAGCAAAGCUAGAAAAGCCCUUUACACUGCUCCAGCAAGUCAACGAGCUAUUUUGAUGAGUGCUAGACUUUCAAAAGAACUUAGAGAAAAGUAUAACGUUAUUGCUGUUCCAAUUCAUAAAGAUGAUGAAGUCAAAAUUAUUAAAGGACAUCAAAAAGUUGCUGGUAAAGUCACUGCUGUAAGAAGAAGCAAAUAUGUCAUUAAUAUUGAUAAGUUAACUAAGACUAAAGCCAAUGGACAAACUGUUCCAGUUGCUAUUAGACCAUCAAAUGUCAUUAUCACCAAAUUAUUCUUGAAUAAGGAUCGUGAAGCAUAUCUUGCUAAGAAAGCUGAAAGCAGAAAAUCAUACAAAGACCUCGUUGCUAAGAGAAAUGAAGAAGUAGCUAAAGUCUUCAAAGCCGCAUAUCCAGACCUUAAUAUGGAUAUCUUCGGAAAGAAAGUUGAACCAAUUACUGAAAAGAAACCAAUCAGAAUUCCAUCUAAGAAAAUGGCUGAAAAACUUAUGUCUAAACCAACUCUCAGAGCUUAUAAAACUGGAAUUAAGGUUCAUAAGGCUAAGAACGCCAUUGCUGCCUACAAAGCUGCACUUGCCAAGAAGAUCGCUAAGUAA